UCAAAAUUUUGAAGCAAGUCUAACUCACUAUGCUAAACUCACAAAUUUAGUGCUCUUAACUAAAGAAAUCUGUCUGUUACAAACUAUGACACUAUGACUUGCCUGAUUGGUUAUGAGCAAUGAUUCUAUUAAAUUCCUCGUCUCUUCUUCUACACACUGGACACUUGUAAGUCCAAAGGUAUCCAUGACGUUCCCAGCCAUAACAAUCACCGCCGAGUGAACUUGGAAACUAUGGUAAGCCAAUACUCUAGUCUAUAUUGUAUUGACAGUCGCCACCAUUAAGCUCUCGCAUCUUCAUCGCUAUAUUCGGUCUCGCCAAAUGUCGUCUUCAACCACCGCCGAUUCUCUUACUCUCCGUCGGAAUCGUAUCAUCUCAAGCAAACUCUAUUUCGACAUCCCUCUCUCUAAGGUUCCGAUAAUUUACUCGCCGGCUUAUGAUAUAUCGUUUCUUGGCAUAGAAAAGCUACAUCCAUUUGAUUCGUCGAAAUGGGGCCGUGUAUGUCGAUUUCUAGUUACGGAGGGUGUUUUGGACAAAAAUAGUAUUGUUGAGCCUCUUGAAGCUUCAAAGGAUGAUCUCCUUGUGGUCCAUUUGGAGUCAUACUUGAGUAGUCUAAGGAGCAGUGCAAAUGUUGCCACAAUAAUUGAGGUUCCUCCAGUUUCUUUAUUUCCUAAUUGUCUUGUGCAGCAGAAAGUUCUUUUCCCAUUUCGCAAACAGGUAGGAGGAACCAUCUUAGCAGCUAAGCUUGCAAAAGAGCGAGGAUGGGCCAUAAAUGUUGGGGGAGGGUUCCAUCACUGUUCUAGCGGAAAGGGAGGCGGAUUUUGUGCUUAUGCAGACAUUUCGCUUUGCAUACAUUUUGCCUUUGUCCGGUUGAGAAUAUCAAGGGUGAUGAUAAUUGACCUUGAUGCGCAUCAAGGGAAUGGUCAUGAAAUGGAUUUUUAUGAUGACAACCGGAUCUAUAUUCUGGAUAUGUACAACCCUGGAAUAUAUCCAUUGGAUUAUGAAGCCAGAAACUAUAUUGAUCAGAAGGUUGAAAUAGCGAGUGGGACCAGAACAGAUGAGUACUUGAGGGAACUAGAUGAAGCGCUUGAGGUUGCUGAUCAAAAGUUUGAUCCUGAGUUGGUGGUCUAUAAUGCUGGCACUGAUAUCCUAGAUGGAGAUCCAUUAGGCAGGCUAAAGAUUAGUCCUGAUGGAAUAACUGCUAGGGAUGAGAAGGUUUUCAGGUUUGCCCGUGAAAAGAAUGCCCCUCUUGUCAUGCUGACAUCAGGUGGUUAUAUGAAGACCAGUGCCAGAGUUAUUGCAGAUUCUAUAGUAAAUCUCUCGAGAAAGUGCUUGAUUGAUCUAAACAGUUCCAGAUUUCACAACUGUGCAGAUGAUCCAAGAAGCCAAAAUGCAAGUAUUGUCUCAGCUGUGAUGAAGCUUUGUCAAAACUUCCUCCCAAGUAUUUCGAUAUACAGUUGCAUAAACUGAAAGGAACGCGAUGGAUGCUUAGUGAGCCAAACACUAUCUACUUUGCCUUGAAAUGUUGGCCCAAUAAGCUGUUAAAUUUGGGAAUUAUGAUGAAACCAUGAUGUUAGAAGAUGAAAAGGACUUUAUGAGGUAUUGAUUUGAGAAGAGGAUAUCAGCCUAGUCCGUCAAGAUUGGAACGGUAAAUUCUUCAUCAGAACUAGAACAGAAGCACAAUGAAUAUAAGGUAGCUGGUGCCUGGUGAGGGGUUGCUAUCAAUGUCGGCAAAACUCAACUCGAGGGUCCUACAGUGGUAUUUGGUUGCAAUUGAGUCAAUGAUGCGCCAGCUUCCAGUGAUGCAUAUGAAAUUAUUGCUACAGUGGUAUGGAUUAGCUCUCUUGCCUUUGGUAAUGGGUAUUAAAAAAUAAAGAUAGUUCCUUCGCAAAAGAAACGAUAAUUUACAAGAUCAAGGCAGAGAAGACUCCCUUUCUCUAUCUCUGUUUGGACUUGAGGUAUUUGCAAAAGGAAGUAAUAUAAAUAAUUCAAGUUAAAAAUAAGAAUAGAACAAAGACAGUUGGUAUGCAAGCCAUAGUAGAAAAUCUUCAAUCUGACAUCGAUCAAGAUCAUAUGAUAGAUCUCAAUUCACCUCUUUAAUUACUACUACUACUACUCUAUAAAUACUUCUCUUGAAUAAAUCCAGAGACUUUUGUCCUGAUGA